AUGGCGCCCCCACCUCCAGCUCCAUCCCGAUCUGUGCCGCUCCCUGGAUUUGGAUCUGAGGAGGUUCCGAGGUGGAAACUCGGUGCAGAGGAAGGGGCGAAAGAAGAAGAAGAAGCGGCGACCGGGCGCAAGGCGGGCGGCCCCAGGAAGAAGUCAGUGUCGCGGUCCGUCAAGGCUGGACUGCAGUUCCCCGUCGGCCGGAUCGGGCGGUACCUCAAGAAGGGCCGGUACGCGCAGCGCGUGGGCACCGGCGCCCCCGUCUACCUCGCCGCCGUGCUGGAGUACCUCGCCGCCGAGGUGCUGGAGCUGGCCGGGAACGUGGCUAGGGACAACAAGAAGACGCGCAUCAUCCCGCGCCACGUGCUCCUGGCCAUCCGCAACGACGAGGAGCUCGGGAAGCUGCUGGCCGGCGUCACCAUCGCGCACGGCAGCGUCCUCCCCAACAUCAACCCGGUGCUUAUGUGUGUUGAAGUUGAUGAUUAUGUGGAAUCAGUAAAUAGACAUGGUAAUUCAUAUCUGGAAUGA